AGCAAAAACGCACAGCAGCGCACACAGCUCACUAAACGCCAUGAUGCGCUAGCGAACACGACCGAGAAACGCUCUGCUCCCAUGUUUUUCGUGUGUGAAGUCGCCCGCGGUAGGUUUUGGAACUUGGCAUCGUGUAGUGUUGCAGUGAGUGCGAGUGUGAAGAAUUGUCGUACAUAGUGGGAAGAGUGCGUGAAGAUUGCCGUUGUGAAUUUUGGCUAAUAAAUAGAAGCAAAGCGCGUAGUGUGCGUGAGUUAAAUUGAAGCGAAAAGAAAAAAGGAAGAAAAGUGGGUGUAGUUUGUUGUGUGCUGUGUGAGUGUGUGAGUGCGAAAGGAGAGGUAGAGAGUGAAAACACAACAAGUAAUCACGGCAAAUCAUCUCCCCGGGCGCGGUGGAGGAGCUUUCCCUCGCGACCAUUUCGUCCAGCAACCCCACCUCCCCCUUCUCCUUCGCUUCCUUGAGGAAGUACAUUUCGACGGUGCCUUGUGGCUUGGUGAACCGCACAUGCACGCAGCGUGAACGGGGUGAAUUUUCCUGCGCUCUUGUUGGUGGAAAAGCUGUAAAGUAGGCUACGGUUACGGCAAAGGACCCUCCCGUUCAACACACGCGCACGCUCCCCCGCAGAGCAGCGGCACAAGCACAAACACGGACGAAAAGGGACAGCGCCGAGAGUGAGAAGGCAACACAAUUAUGCGCCGGUUACUGUUGGAUUGAGUGGUAUCACAACUACAUCUUCGAGCAAAAAAGCGAGCAAAGCAACCAUUGCCGGAAGACAACACUACCGCACCGACUAUCGAGGAGGCUGUGGUGCUAAACGGGAUAAGGCAGCCUGUCCAGUCAUUUCACCCGUCGUCCGUCAGCUGAUCAGCGAUCCUGAUCCAUCCCGGAGCCAAUAAAAAAGGCUUUUUGCAUCAAAUCUUAACAGCACAAACCACGAUCGCGGAUCGUCUUCCUUAAGCACAACAACAACAGCAAGAUGAGCGAACAAAGCAUCAUUGGGGCCCGGGCCUCGGUCAUGGUGUACGACGAUGUGCAGCGGAAGUGGAUACCGUCCGGCAGCUCGUCCGGUCUGAGCAAGGUGCAAAUCUUCCACCAUCAGCAAAACAACACGUUCCGCGUCGUCGGUCGGAAGCUGCAGGACCAUGAGGUCGUCAUCAACUGUUCGAUCAUCAAGGGGCUGAAGUAUAAUCAGGCCACCGCGACGUUUCACCAGUGGCGCGAUUCCAAGUUCGUGUACGGGUUGAACUUCUCCAGCCCGAUGGACGCGGAAGCGUUUGCCCGUGCGAUGAUGCACGCUUUGGAUGUGCUGAGUGGACGCGUACCACCCUCGUCGACCAUGCAAACGACCAAUCCGAACCCGAGCCAGAUGGCUGCGGCGUACGAGGAGGACAUGGGCUACCGUACGAUGACCCGUGAAGAUGCGGCCAUCAUGCAGCAGCAGCAGCAAAUGACUAGUCAACCGCCGGGCGUGGGACCACCACAGCAACCGCCGAACUCGAUACCGGGCCCGGGCGGUGGCAUACUAUCCCCGCAAACGCCGACAUCUCAAACGCUGCCAUCACAAGCCACCCAGCAGCAGCAGCAGCAGCAGCAACAACAGACGCAUCAUCGUACAAACAGUGCACCACCGGUCCCGCCAGCGUUACCGACACAACAGCAGCAGCAGGCAUCGCAGCAGUCACAGGCGCAGCAACAGCAGCAACAGAAACCGAUCUAUGCAUCACAGCAGAGCAACAGCAGUACCAACAGUAUUACCUAUGGAAACAACUCGCAGCCGUAUCCGCAGCCAAUCUACGUAGCAUCGAAUCAAAAUCAUCAAAUGCUGAAUCAGUCGGUGUUGCCACCGCAACCGCCGCAGCAACCACCGCCACCACAGCAGCAGCUACCGUCGAACCUUUCGAACGGUUCGAUUUACGCGACGGCCACGUGCUCCCCGAGCGCGACCAACAGCAAUCCAGCGAACCCGAUCUACGCCGGCCAGCAGCAGCUCGUUUCACAGCAGCAACAGCAGCAGCAGUCCGCACCACCGCCGCCACCGAUGAUGAUGCCACCGAACGGCUACGGACCACCGAAUGGUGUCGGCGGUCCGUACGGUGCUGGCCAACCACAGUACGGUAUACCACCGGUUCCACAGAUGCCAAUGCAGCCGCCGCACCAGCAGCAACCACCGUCACAGAUGCAGCAAACGAAUGCUCCUCCACCACCGCCAAUGAUGCCGCCGAUGUUCCCGAUGGCGGCACCAUCUAGCGUACCGCAGCCACCAGCACCGCCGAUGCCACCAAAUCUGAAUAAUGCGGCUGCUCCACCGCCGCCGCCACCACCGCCCGGCAUGCCAGCGGUAAAGCCGGGAGAAAUCAACUCCUUGGCCCUCCAGCUGGCCAGUGCCAAACUGAAACGCAGCCAACCGCCGAAAAGCUCGCCGGCCGCUGGCGUGUCGUCCACCUCUUCCUCCGCCAACAAUGGCAGCAAUGCCGUGUCGUCCACCGUGACGGAAAACAGUGGCAGCAGUACAUCGAGCGGAGGUAGUGGUAAUUAUGGAACCAUAGGACGGUCGUCAUCUGGUAUGGCAUCGAUGAUGGAUGAAAUGGCGAAAACACUUGCCAGGCGUCGAGCGCAGGCAGAAAAGAAGGAGCCGGACUCCAACGAGGAUGGAGGUGCAGCUGGAUCCGGUGGUCGCCAGCGAGCCUGGGAAAAAUCGAGCACACUGCCGCACAAAUUGGGCAGCGGCAAUAACAAUGCCGGCGGUGGAGGAGGCGCCAACUCUGGCAGCGGCCAGGGUGGUGCAAGCCUGAGCGGUUCGGAAUCACCGAAACCGUCGCGGAAACGCUUCGGCAGUGCCAGUGAGGAAACGAUACUGAAGCAGAUCAAUGGUGGUGAUAGCUUCUCCCUUCCGACUGCGGUCGAGUUCGACAAUCUGAAGGAAGACAUUUUGCGCGAGAUGCGCAGCGAGAUUGCCAAGGCGAAGCAAGAAAUCAUAGAAGCUAUCAAAUCAGAAUUCAACCGCAGGUAAACGCUGCUGCAUCAUGUUGCUUCUUUGUUUCUUUGGCGCAACCGAACCGAGCGCCACGAAACACACACACAUGAACACACACACACGCAGACACACCGAUACACCGUUUCUAUUACCGCAAAUAUCUAACUACAGUCGCAAGCUAUCGUAAGAAGUGGAAGUGUGACGAUGAGGAGAGGAAGAGGAGGUGCAUCGAAUGGUGUCAUAGAAUCCAGAGGCAACGCAGGCAACGAUAUGAUUACAACGGAGGUGGACAUUCGAAUGUAGGGCGUAAGACACAGGUUUACUACUGCUGGUGCAGAUUUUACUUCAUAUGACACAUUCCUCUUUUCACGGCUUCUUGCGUAAGGAGGGUUUAUUUUGUUUUCAUUUCAAUUGUAUCUGUACGUGAAACGCAAAGACGUACAUACUCAUGCGUAAGUUAUUUUUUUUAUUUUAUUGUUACAUCGUAUGGGUGCGAAAGCUAUUCAAUUCAAUGCUUACCCUUUGUCACAAACUUACGUUCUUAUCUAUAGUGUCGAAACAAUUUUCCAAUCAAUCAAAAUUUGUAACUUGCUGCUGGCUAGAACUUUUAAAGACAAGGUGCUUUGAAAUAGCAAACAAAAAGGUGCGACUGACUUCAUCUGACUUGCGACAGGAGGAUAUAGGGUUGUACCGAUACUGAUGACCGUUGGAGCCUGCUUGAGCAACAGAACGAUGGUACGAAGCAAACAAUUACGAUGAACGAAUUCAGAUUGGGUGCGAUGCGUCAACGCUACAAUAAGACCAUACUGGGAAAUUGUAGUGGCCCGCUUACCAAUAUCCUGACCCACGGACACGGAUCUGUCUAACUUGUUUUUAUUUGCCCAAGCUCUCAUAAAUUGGCUUUCCGACUGUUGUUGCCAUCAUAAUUCUAUAAUUUGUAUUCCAGUAUUCGAAUAUGUUUUAAUCAGCCAGUGUCGGUACCAACCCGGGGUGCAUAUUCUCAAGCAUUGGAAGUGGCAGUGCAUCUCCCACCAAGAGAAAGUGGCGUGUAAACUUUAUACAGAAAACAGAAGCAAAACGAACACACCAUUCACUUACGCGGAAAAAAUGCAGAACUUACAAGACUCCAAACGUUUAUACAUAUACGUCGUAAAACAAUGUGGUGCAGUUGAAAAAAAAGGUGGGUAGUCGAAAUAUGAGCUAAUAAACUAGUAUAAUAUACAUAGCGAGUGUAGCAGUUUACCGCGUGGCCGCGGAUCUCGCGGGCAGAGUCCGUAUUCGAAUGGCAGAUUGCAUUGCCGACGCAUCAUAAUGCAUGUAUAAAAUUUGAUAUACAUUUUUUGUGCGCCAUUGUUGUUGUGGUUAACCGUUUUGGUCUGUGGGUGUGUAUGUAUACACACUGCGUUGGCUUUCACGCCUCAUCCUCCUCCGUAUCGCGUUGUAGUAUUAGUGGCAGUAUCAUCAUCAUCAUAAUCAUCAUAUAAACUCUCCUUGACGAUGGUGGACCGCAACUGGUGAAAAAGUGAUUUUGCAUCGUACCCCAUUUCCUCCUCACUUGCAUUGCGUAUAUUACUGUGGGAAAAUCGUAAUGGAAACUGGGGUCGUGUUCUAACCCACACCAGACCGCCCGCGUAUGUGUGUGUGUGUAUCAGUAAAGAAGGUGAAAGCGAAAAAAACACAGUUCUUUGAAUCGAAUGUCUAUCCAUGUAUCUCUAUGUGUCAGCCAUAUUAUCUGUCUCAUUAUGAUUACUCUCGGGAAGGAAUGGAGAAGGCAAAAAACCCAAGAGAAAAAGGCAAAAAGCUAAGCAAAAACCAUUAAACUAUGAAAACGUAACAUAAAUCAUUGGGAACAUGAAUUAAAUUAAAACUAACGAUACUAAAUACUUAAGUGCGACGAAUUAAGUAUGUAAGAGUAACGAAGCGAGGCAGAAAAAUUCAGAAGAAAACCAACUCGGAAGCUAACAGCUUUGUUGCGUUUAAUUUUAUUUUAGUUCUUGCUUUCUUCUCUCUUCAUUCUAGUUUUGGUCUAAAUGCGCAAAAUAGUAAAAUGAUGCCGUGUAGUGUGUAGUGUUGAGUGAAAACAACACUCGCAGCUAAAAUGUUACGCGAAGUUUGCGUAACGCAUCAGUUAAAAGAAAACUGCACACCGAAGCAAAUCAAGCUGAUUAAAUCAAAAUGUAGCUUAAAUUUAGUGAUCACAUCAUUGAAUCGAAUCGAUAGGGACGGGGAACGAUGUGUGAUUUAGAGCAGGGGAUCGUAAUAAAAUUUGCGAUAGUUAGUUGGCAAGCUAGCCGAAGGAAGAACUCACCCAAACACGCACUGAAUUUUAGCGUGUGCACAAACUCGAUUGAGCAUCUAAACGAUGCGGAGAAGACGAUGAUGAAUGAAGUCUUGAAGUCUUGAAGAGGGGGACUACAUGAUCGAUUUUUUUGUACAUAAACAAAAGACUAAACGGUACUCGGAGGAGAGAGAACAGAAGUUGUGUGAUGAAAUUGAAAAAUCGGACGAAAUAUCGGAGGUAGCGAAAGAGAAGGGAACGUGUUAGCGACUAGCUUUCCUUAGUAUAGUCCUAUCGAUGGUACAUAGUCAAAAGCGAAAGAGAACGUUUUCCUUUCCGCGUGUGGAAAUCGGGUUGUACGCGGGCAGAAUGCAGACUCGAAAAAUAAGCCACGGUGCGGUAAGAUAAAAUGGAUCUUCCCUCGGAACUGAACUGACUCCUAAUUGUGUGAGGGUGGUCCCGUUGCUCGUCCCCCAUGAAAGUCGUGCGAUAAUAGUGCGAAGCAAAGGCGUAGAAAGCAUUUAGAGCUGGAUGAAAGCGAGUCGAGGGUAGAAUAUAUCUUUAAUCAUCCUCUAACGGCACGAACUAUGUGUUGCUGAUUUUGGCGAAACGAAACGGUAGAUAUGCUCUCUCUUUUUGUUUUUAAUUUUUGAUCGCAACGAGGAGGUGCGUUACACACCCCCGAUCUAUACAAACUACACGAACGCUAAUGGGACAGUGAAGGACAGCGAAAUAGUAAGCAACGUAAAAGAAAAUAUUUAAAAUUCACAAGUUACAACUCUGGAACACAAUGCAAUCGAUACGAAUGUCUGUCUUGAAGGAGCCGGAGGAACGGUUUGGAUGUUUGGAAAUGGAAAUGUUCAUGUAUGUAAAUCACGGGUGAAUAAUAAAUUGCCAUCGAAAUUGGUUUUGAGUGAAGUAAAACACACAGUGACAGAAAAGUAAAAAUAUGUCGCGCACAACAGAAUACAGAAACGAAAAAAUGAAAGUAAAAAUAGAAAGAGAGAUAGAGUGAGAGAGAAUGAGAGAGAAUGAGAGAUAAGUAGAGAGUAAAAGCAUUUGCAAGGAAUACAACAAUACAGUUACACCGCUACCAGCUACAGCUCUGAACAGAAAGAUUUCCGUUCUGAGAACACAAACAAACAGCGCAACAAGUUAAUAAAAAUCUACAGCAAAUUUGACGACGCACAUAGACUGGAAAAUACUAUAGAAAAAGUAAAGAAAACAAGGGAAAAUAAAUCGCAAACAGUAUAAAGAAAGUGAAACGUAAAAUAUGUACGUAAUCGAAAAGCUAGAGACACAAAUCUAAACCACAAGAUAAAACACGGAACACAUAUAUAUCCAUGAAGAAGAAAAUAUCGUUGAUCACGUGCUGGCCAGGAAUGGUAAACUAAAGAUGUAAAGUUAAUCUUGAAAAGAAACUUGAAUGAAAGUGAACAAUUUGGCAACAGUGCGAUUAUGCAACAGAGAGAUUGAAUGAAGAAAAAAAAAACAAAUUAAAUGCAAACAGUAAAACAAAAAACCCAAAACAUGUUAAGAAACAGGUGACGAAUCGUUGGUAAAGCACAAGCAAUGAAGAAAACAGAUGAAGGAAAUAGAUGGGAGAAGUUUUAUAUUAGUUCAGUUGCUCCCAUCGUCCCAAAAAAGUCAUUUCAACUUCCAUAUAUAGUACUUUUCUUCUUCCUCCUGGUUCUACGCGAACCGCAACGAAAACGGGCGGCACGGAAUGGAUCAAACGUCGUAAAAAAGCAGUAUUAGAGAUGAUUAAAUUUAGCAAAGAGAAGGAUAAUGUGAGAGAGAGGGAGAGAGAGCGAGAAAGUACGAGAAGGGUGUAGAAGGGAGUGGAGUGGGUGAAGCAGUUAUUUAGGGGCGUGUGUGUACAAAAGAUUGAUGGUGUAUCGUACAAAAUAAGUUGUAGUUUUGCGUGCAAAUUAAAUUAGUUUGUCUUUCAAUUUCGUUGCCAGGAGCGUUUGAUAAGGAUUGUUACGGGGGAGGGGUUUGUAAGGAACGUGCGGAGGAGUAUGCUUUUUUUUAAAUGCUUGCUUUUGUGAAUUUUUACUGCUUGAGAUGAUGAUGAUGGUGGCUAAGGUUGCGGUUUGCUGUAGUGUUAUCAGCAGCAAUUAAGGAUUAAAAAUGGUGGAAUUUUAGCCAACAAAACAAUUGGAUGAAUACACUAUUUUCCGUAUCCGUUUGACAGAACUGCUCCCCUAAUUUUAAACUGUGAUCGUUUUGAGUAACGAUGGCGACAUAGAAAGAGAGAGAAAGCGAAAGAGAAAAUGAGAGGAAUCUGCUUCGUUUUUGGUGUGUCGAUGGAAUCGAUUUUUAUCCGUUUUUUCGAUUACUGUUUUGACAGAGGUGCAGUAAGAGCAGAGCCAGGCUACUUAGGAUAGAUAGAAGUGGUUUAUAUGAGACAGGCCGGCGUGUUGACAGGGUUUAACAGAGCACAGAAGCGAGUGGACUGGAUUGUAAUGCAGAGUCAGCAAGGAUGAUGCUCCAGAUUUAUUAGAUCUAUCCAUAGACACAUGCACCAACAUAUUAUAUACAAAAACAAAACAAAAAAGCCGCGGAAGGAGAAGGAGCUGCAUCAUACUAUAUAUUAGAUGAUUUGUGAUUUUAUGUUAACUAUAUAAUUUUGUAUUAUUACUUUUAUUUACCUAUUUUUACAAUAAGGACGUGAAGAAAGUGACUAUUGGUAUAUACAUACACAUAUACAUUUAUCUUAUUAUUCGCCAGGAAAGAGAGAGAGAGAGAGAGAGAGAGAUAGAGUAGUGUGAUGCGCGAAGGGGAAAAGAAACGAAUCAGAAGAAAAAAAGAACACCGCAAAAGAGCGCAUUAAUAUUAGGUGAAAUUAAUUGGUCGGAUUUGGCGGCAUUGGGGUUGUUUGCUGGUAGAAAAAAAAAAUGGAUCUAAAAAAACAGAGGUAAAAGCUUAAAAAACCGUAACCAAUUCGAGUGAUUCAAACGAAAAAAGGCAGAUAGAGCGUGCAGCCCACAGGACGGACAGAACAGUUAGUAACGGCGCAGUAAAGGGCGGUUAGAGAUUAAUUAAACAACACAACAACAACAACAAAAAACACACACAGUUAUCAAACUCUCUAGUAGAUCAAACAAGAAAGAAGUAGAAAACAGGAAAUGAAAAGGUACGAAAUUCGCAAACGCGCGAUAUGGAUGGACUUGUUUUUGGAUUGAAUAAUAAUGAUCAAUGAGAGAAAGGCAACCAGAGAAAUGAAACACACACACAACAAGGACACACAAGACAAGACACCGAUACAUACAGUCGCAAGGACAUUAGACUACAACCGAAAAUGAAAAGAAAGAAAAAAAAGGAACAGACACAACACAAACACACAUUAUUAUAGAUAACCUACAAAUUUUAUAAAAUUAACAAACAAGAACAACAAAAAACAUAUUGCGAUUAAUAAAAAAAAGUGGAAAAACUAAAAUAAACGUAAACAAGAAA